UAGAAAUUUGAAAAACAGAAGGGCGCGUUGUGAGCAGAUCCAAAAAACUGCCCGUUACACUUUUCCCCCUAUUCAUACCUCUUCAUCACUUCUUCUUUCUUCUCCAAUUCCAUUUCUCACAACAACUCUUUCUUCGGUUUCGUAACAAAAAAAUGGACAAGUACGAAAAAAUCGAGAAAGUAGGAGAAGGAACCUACGGCAAAGUCUACAAAGCCAAAGAAACCUCCACCGGCCAAAUCGUCGCCCUCAAAAAAACCCGUCUCGAAAUGGACGAAGAAGGUGUUCCCCCAACCGCCCUCCGCGAAGUUUCUCUCCUUCAAAUGCUCUCUCAAUCUCUCUACAUCGUCCGCCUCCUCAACGUCGAACACGUCGAUAAAAUCCCCAAAUCCGGCACCAAUUCAACCCCUAAGCCUAUUCUCUAUCUCGUUUUCGAGUAUCUCGACACCGAUCUGAAGAAAUUCAUUGAUACUUUUCGUAAAGGAGCGAACCCUAGGCCGUUGCCGAGUUCGCUUGUUCAGAGUUUUCUUUUUCAGCUUUGUAAAGGGGUUGCUCAUUGUCAUAGUCAUGGUGUUCUUCACCGUGAUUUGAAGCCACAGAAUUUGCUUCUCGAUCAGCAGAAAGGGAUUUUGAAAAUUGCUGAUCUUGGUCUUGGGAGGGCUUUUACUGUUCCACUUAAGAGUUAUACGCAUGAGAUUGUUACUCUUUGGUAUAGAGCUCCGGAGGUUUUGCUUGGAUCUACUACUUACUCUACUGGAGUUGAUAUCUGGUCUGUUGGAUGUAUAUUUGCUGAAAUGGUGAGGAGACAGGCUUUGUUUCCGGGGGAUUCUGAAUAUCAGCAGCUUCUUAACAUAUUCAAGCUUAUGGGGACUCCAACAGAGCAGCAAUGGCCAGGAGUUAGCUCUUUGCGUGAUUGGCAUGUGUACCCAAGGUGGGAGCCUCAGAACUUGACAAGAGCUGUGCCCUCUUUGUCACCUGAAGGAGUGGACCUUCUCUCGAAAAUGCUCAAGUAUAAUCCCUGUGAGAGAAUAUCAGCCAAAGCAGCACUUGAUCAUCCCUACUUUGACAGUCUUGACAAGUCUCAAUAUUAAUGAUUGAAAGGUUAAGCGCAGAGGUGUAUGUUAAGCAAAAAUAUAUUGCAGUCAGUGAAAAUGAAUUCACUACAUGGAGUUGAAGGAUGUAUAAGUUUGAUUUUAUGUAAUAUUUCCUCAUCGUCUUGGUGAUUUAAACAAUUACUCUUGGUUAAUUUCAUAAUUGCUCAGUCUCUCUGUAGGACCCUUGUAGAACUUUAUGCACCUUUAAAAAUGUUAUUAUCUGUUGAGAUUGGAA